AAAGUAGCCGCAAAUUACCAUAACAAUAAUAUGGAUGCUCAGUGAUUGAUGUAUUAAACACGUGAACAUUUAUCAGGAUGUGCGGAUUAAAGAUAAAAAUCGACAGGCCUGCUUGGUCGAUUUGUAUGAUAUUACAUAAUUAGAGCUUGUUUUGUUUACCCGAAGCACUCAAAUAAUUGAACUCUUCUCGUACAGUUUCGCUUAAAUUCGCAGAGAGGCUUGUAAAAUGGCCGGCUUUCGUAUGCCCUUUACCCAAAUUCCAGCGUUGCCUUGUUUGGACUUUCUGCAGCCCUCAGACUCGUACGUGGUCGGACCAACUAUGCCGUCGAGCUCGUGCACCUUAGGCUUCCGUGGGGCGCCGCCCCACAGCUUUUUCAAAGGUUCCCCUUGCGCUUCAGCUAUGAGAGAUAGUGACCAAAUCGUUCACACCAUGCCUCAAAGAGAUUCUGGCGAGUUGGAAACCAAUAUUAUACCAAUAUCUUGCUACGAAGGAGCUUUCUUCACGGGCAGUACAUUAUCGUCCACAGUCCAGCAUGGAAUGCCUCCUCAAGCCUGGGAUAACUCCCAUCAAGACUUUCAAAGUGCCCAGCUAACCUUUCCCAGAAAAGAAUACGAUGGAAGCAACUUGAAUUUUCAGAGUUUUGCUGCGAGUUACAAUGCACCGCCAGGGUUGGGAAUUGCUGUGGAUCCACCCAUCACCUAUAGCCUGGCUCUGCCUGCGCCUCAUAACCCACUAAAGUGCUGCUGGGUAGUUCAGCAUCAUGAUAAAGAGCUUAGUUCUGUGUGCGAUCAAGUGUUUGGCACCGUAGACCAUUUGGUAGGCCAUGUCACUGAGCUUCAUAUUUACAACAGCACCUCACUGCGAUACGUAUGCCGUUGGAAGGACUGUUCCAGGAAUGGGCUUCCAUUCAAGGAACGCUACAGGCUAGUGAACCAUCUGCGAGUUCAUACUGGGGAGAAGCCUUUUAUGUGCAUGUACCUUGGAUGUGGUAGGCGAUUUUCACGUGCGGAGAAUCUGAAAAUACACAAGAGGACACAUACUGGAGAGAAGCCAUUUCUAUGCACUUUUCCCGACUGUGGACGCCGUUUUGGCAACUCAAGUGACAGGAAGAAGCACUCGCAUGUGCAUACCUCAGACAGACCUUUCUUGUGUCGAUUGAAGGAGUGUAAGAAGCGCUUCAGUGAGGUUAAUUCGUUAAGGAAACAUAUGAAGUUACACGAAGAGAGAGGCGAUGUCUUCUAAGAGACGACCCCUGUAAAUUAAUAACUCAUAGUCGAUGAAAAAAAAACAUUUUUAUCUUUUUUUGGUCAAAAGCACUCUCGUUGUGUUGUAUCUGUUGAGUAUAGUGUAGAAGGUUUGUUUUCAAAGGUAUUAGAGCUAUAUGAGGUCACGUUUCUUUGUCUUGCAAAGGAGAUUUUAGUGAUCCAUGUUAUCACGCUUUUGUUAAAUCAUGGGCAUAAAGUGAUUAAAAUUAACAAAAAUAAAAACAGUUG